AUGGUCAAAAUUGCAGUUGCUGGAGGCUCCGGCAAUGUUGGACAGGAAAUCAUCGAUGUUCUCCUUGCUACUAAAAAGCAUGAAAUACUGCUGCUAUCUAGAAAGAGCGCUCCAGUGGACGGGACCGCCGAGGGUGUCACCUGGAUCCAGCCAGAUUAUUCAGAUGUGCAGCAGCUUGCGCAGAUCUUGCAUGGUGUACACACUGUACUUUCCUUUGUGAUCGAGGAAGAUCCCACUAGCCCGAUCCAGAGAAAUCUCAUCGACGCUGCGAUCCAAGCUGGCGUCAAGCGCUUUGCACCCAGUGAAUGGUGCUCAGCUACCAUGGCGCACAUGAGUUGGUAUGCAUACAAGGAUACAACGCGUCAGUAUCUCAAGGAAGUAAACAAAGACAAGAAGCUUCUCGAGUACAGCCUAUUCCAACCCGGAUACUUCAUCAACUACUUGACCCGCCCCUACCCAUCCGCCAAACACCUCCAACUUAUUGACCUCCCCUGGGACUUCCAAAAUCGCCGAGUGAUUGCAGUUGACGGAGGCAACAAUGCGCGUAUCACCUUGACUACUGUGGAAGAUCUAGCCAACGUGGUAGCCCGAGCCAUUGACUUUGAAGGUGAAUGGCCGGUUGAUGGCGGUAUUAGUGGAAAUGACACGACAAUAGGUGAAGUCGUUGCUCUCGGAGAGAGAUGCCGCGGUGGUAAGCCCUUUAAAAUCGACAAAGUCAAAGCGGAGGACUUUGCGAGCGGGGACUGGACGACCCCAUGGAUGCCGACACUCGAGCACCCUUCUAUUCCACGAGAGAAUCUUGAGGCUAUGGGAAGGAUUGUUCUCGCUGGAGUUCUGUUAGCUGUUAAUGCUAAUGAACUCCACGUUUCUGAUUCGUGGAAUCGCUUGCUGCCGGAUUAUCAAUUCACAUCUGUCAGUGCGUUCUUGACUAAGGCUUGGAGUGGCAAGCCUUGA